CAUGUUCUGAUGGCUUGAUUAUUGGUUGCCACCUUAAAUAGGUUCCCAGUAAAAUCCUCGUUCUUUUCACGUUGUAAUAGGAUUAUCAUAUACGAGGAUGACAUUUGUACCUAAGCCAAAGUACGCAGCAGUCUACAUGAGAAAAAUGUGAAACCAUCUAGGAACUGGAUUUUCUAAAGGACAGCACAAAGCUCUUCGAACAGGCCCAACCCACACGGAAAAUGCAAGUUGCUGUUGAAUCAAUAAUGAAGCAACAGGUUUCAAGGCUGUGCCAGGAAAACAGGGAAAUAUCUCGCCUCUCUGAUACCCUCUCACGCUCUUACCUACGGAGGAAGAUUUUUCUGCCAUCAGUUACUGAUUCACUCAGCCCAGGGAAGGGCUGCCUUCCAGUUUGGUUUGAAUGCCGAUCCUCUAAUCAGCUGGAGAAAAGGAGUCCCUUACAUAAGCCAAGGGAAAGGAAAUGCUGCUGUGAUACGACUCACAUGAAUAGCCAGGACUGAGUGCUGGUUGUCUCCCAAAUACCAGCUUUUGCGUCUUCUCACCCUGUUUUUUUAGGGCUGUGUUGAAGUGGGAGAAGUGGCUAUUUGUGAGCCUUUCCUUCCUUUUCCUACUUUAUUUUUUCAAGGCAGUCGGUGAAGGCAAGUGGAAGACAUGACCCUCUCCUCAGACAAAGAGCUCAACGGGUUAGAUAACCCCAGCUUCGUGGGUGAAGAUGGGAGCCACCACUGCUCCUCGGUGGACUGUGCUGCCCAGGGCCCCAAGGAAGGUGGGGGCAUGGGCCAUGGCAGCAGCAAGCUUGCCUACACUGUCACAGAUGUGCCCCCCUGGUACCUGUGCAUCCUGCUGGGCAUUCAGCAUUUCCUGACAGCCAUGGGAGGUCUCAUAGCCAUCCCGCUGAUCCUCUCCAAAGAGCUUUGCCUCCAGCAUGACCUCCUCACCCAGAGCCACCUGAUCAGCACCAUCUUCUUUGUCUCAGGAAUUUGUACCCUGCUGCAAGUCCUCUUUGGAGUCAGGUUGCCUAUUAUUCAAGGAGGGACUUUUGCAUUCCUGACCCCCACCCUGGCGAUGCUGUCUCUCCCCAAGUGGAAAUGCCCUGCCUGGACACAGAAUGCCACCCUGGUGAAUGCCUCUUCACCAGAGUUCAUUGAAGUCUGGCAGACACGGAUGCGAGAGCUGCAAGGAGCUAUCAUUGUAGCUUCCUGCUUUCAAAUAUUCGUUGGAUUUUCUGGCCUGCUCGGAUUUCUGAUGAGGUUCAUCGGCCCCCUGACAAUUGCCCCCACCAUCACCUUGGUUGCGCUACCUCUCUUUGACUCAGCUGGGGACGAGGCUGGGCAGCACUGGGGCAUAGCAUUCAUGACUAUUGCUGUCAUAGUUCUGUUCUCUCAGUACCUGAAAGAUGUCCCUGUGCCGCUGCCAUCUUACCAGAGAGGCAAGAGUUGCCACGUCUCCCCAGUCUACCUCUUCCAGAUCUUCCCGGUGCUGCUGGGGCUGUCCGUGAGCUGGCUGCUCUGCUACGUGCUGACAGUGACUGACGUCCUCCCUGCAGACCCCACUGCCUACGGCCACCUGGCCCGGACAGACGCCCGUGGGGACGUUUUGUCCCAGGCUCCCUGGUUUCGGCUGCCUUACCCAGGCCAGUGGGGAGUGCCGACCGUCAGCCUGGCUGGGAUAUUUGGCAUCUUAGCCGGGGUGAUCUCCUCCAUGCUGGAGUCUGUGGGAGAUUACUACGCCUGCGCCCGCCUGGCCGGGGCCCCACCGCCGCCAAAGCACGCCAUCAGCCGCGGGAUCGGAGUGGAAGGCAUCGGCUGCCUCCUGGCCGGGGCCUGGGGGACCGGGAAUGGCACCACGUCGUACAGCGAGAACGUGGGGGCCCUAGGCAUCACCAAGGUAGGGAGUCGAAUGGUGAUCAUUGCCGGGGCCUGCGCCAUGCUCUUGAGCGGCAUCUUUGGGAAAGUUGGGGCGAUACUUGCCAGCAUACCCACCCCUGUGAUCGGAGGCAUGUUCCUGGUCAUGUUUGGAGUUAUCACGGCAGUGGGGGUCUCCAAUUUGCAGUACACAGAUAUGAACUCCUCCAGAAAUAUCUUUAUAUUUGGAUUUUCUGUAUUUGCUGGCCUCACGAUUCCCAACUGGGCGAGCAAAAAUAGUACGCUGCUGGAAACAGGAAUCAUCCAGCUGGACCAGGUGAUCCAGGUGCUUCUCACCACUGGCAUGUUUGUAGGAGGACUCCUGGGGUUUAUCCUGGAUAACACCAUUCCAGGAACACAGGAGGAGCGGGGACUCCUGGCAUGGAAGCACAGCCACAAGGGAGAGGUGGACAUUUCCAAGGUCUAUGACCUCCCGUUUGGCAUUGGCACCAAACACUGCUCUUUUUCUUGGUUUCAGUAUCUCCUUGCUUGCCCCAAAAGACUACCUGGUAGUGGCAAGAGCAUGGAUGAACUAAAGGCUGCUGGACUGGAAAGCAGUGUUAAAGCAAGUUCAGAAAGAGACUGUGAGACAGGUGCUGAUACAAGGAUCUAGGCACCUGGCCUGCAGGUGAACUUAUCUCAGAAGCUGAGGUCUGAAAGGCAUGUCUGCAGCCCCCAUCAUUUGAACAUGAGCUGACAGCUAUUAGAGGCUGGAGCAGGAGAAAGAUAAUGUCUUUCUCUUCCCAGCCCUGCCCCUGUGCUGCUGGUGACCUUGAGGGAAUAAUUUUUCUCCCCUCUGCUCCUGCCAGCCCACCUUCAGGAAGAACAUAAUCCCUCUUUGGAGAACACCAAAGCCCAAGAAAUGCCUGGGAAAGAUCUUCAGUUUCCUUCCCUGCACUGAGCCUUGGGGAUGCCAAGGAGCAGCUGUGUAGCUGAAGCUCCUCCUGUGCCAUCUUGGCUGCUCAAGGAGCCACAGGAGAAGGCAUCCCUCAUGUGGGGCCUGUAACUACUUUUGUGCACCCCUUGGGGUGGGGCUAAUCCCCACCACCUUAAAUAUCUGUAAUGGCAAUGCUCACCUCUCAGCUUGUGGUUUACAAGGCAUCCUGGCCAAGGGGCAGGAGUGGGCACCUCUAGGUCAUGAUUAAUCUCAUUCCAUAUUAUCACAAUUUAAAGUCAGCCAAAUGAAUGUUGUUGUAAGAGAAGCAUCUAAGGUGAAUGGGUUGGGUUGUCUUCUGAAUAUGCCUCUCCCACCUUAGACUGCAGAGGGAAUCUAGAAACCUUACUUAGGUUCUUGAUGGAACAGAAAACUCCAGCUUCACCGAAAUGAAUCCCACCUGGGGUGCUGGGAGCAUUCUCAGGGGAUCCAGCUUUCCCAGGGCACCAAACCCGAGAAAGACAGAGGAAUUGUCAUCAAAGAUGAAACAGAAAACUUUUCUGCUUGCAAUCUGAUGCAACCUGGCUACUGCUAUAUCCUGUGCCCCCCCAUACCUGUUUGGUCCCAUGUGGUGACUGUGUGGUGACAACCAUUUCUCUGGAAAACGGUUUGCAGAUUCUUGCUUCUUUCAAUGAUCAACAGAAACAGCCUUAACCUGUAUGGCCAUAUAGAAUGUGACUGCACAUGGUGCUGGUUGCCAGUGCCGUGUAAUAACGUUGUUGCUGUAACAUAAGCUUGUGUUUCCUGCAUGGAGAUUUAUACUUAGAUAUGUUGGAGGAAAAAUAAAUAAAAUGUACAGUGUAA